UUUUUUUUUUUUUUUUUUUUUUUCUUUCUACAAUAUUCCUCAGUAUCCGAACACAAAUAGUAGAGAUUUAUCAUUUCACCUUCGGGCAACACUCUGCAACACAGAGUUUCAGCCACCUUCUCUAAUUAAGAUUUGAGUUUGCAGAUCCUCUCCUCACAGCAACCUCAUGACUUCCUCUGAGCAUGAUAUUUCUGAUAAUAAUGAAGUUGAUGAGCAGCAAAAACACUCAGAGUCCCAGGACCAGUCCUCAUCUCCUGCAACAGGACUUUCACCCUCUGCCAUCACAACCCCAAACAUCCCAUACACGACACCUCAACAUGCUGUGGCACCGGCUGCUUACCCCUAUCCAGAUCCAUAUUAUAGAAGCAUCUUUGCUCCUUAUGAUGCCCAACCCUAUCCUCCACAGCCCUAUGGCGGUCAACAUAUGGUCCAUCUUCAGUUGAUGGGUAUUCAGCAAGCUGGAGUUCCUUUGCCAUCAGAUGCAGUUGAGGAGCCUGUGUUUGUUAAUGCAAAACAAUAUUAUGGCAUCUUGCGACGUCGACAGUCUCGUGCAAAAGCUGAAUCAGAGAAUAAAGUUGCCAAGUCUCGGAAACCAUACCUGCAUGAAUCCCGUCAUUUGCAUGCAUUGAGACGGGCUAGAGGAUCUGGGGGUCGCUUUCUCAAUUCAAAGAAAAAUGAAAACAUACAGAAUGAUGCUGCAUCAGGUGAUAAAUCACAGUCCAAUAUCAAUCUGAACUCUGAUAAAAAUGAGGUAGCUACUACAGAGGGCACCUCUUGAAAUUUUGGAAGCAAAUGGUUAUACAUACAGUGGUCUUAUUGCCAACAACCAGAGAAAAUAGGUUCCACACCAGUAACAUAGUCUCGGUUUUGCUUCAUUCUAGCUCUGUACUUACAACUCAGUAGUGUGUAUAGAUUUUCAAUUAUUAGGCAGGACCAUAGGGAGGUUGCUAAAAUGAAUGCAAGGAAGAGUGUUGUUGAAGUCCAUUGAUAGUUCUCCUGCACAUUUUUCCUGAGGGGCUGAUAGUUAAGUUUGCUGUGUGGACGUCUCUUUGCACUUAAAUACUAUGAUAGGACAGAAAACUGGAGUCGUGUUGAUUGGUCAGGUUGAUUUAUGUUUGAAUAGUCUAGUGAGGUUUAGAUGUUGUUGCAGUGUAGUAUUAGCCCUUUUUAUUUUUCUAUUUUUAUCAACUUGGAUAAUAAUUUGAAAUGUUUUAAUUUAUUUGCAACUUAUUUGGUGUUUUAUGUUUGGGCAUGGUUGGCAUGGGUUAAAGAGUAAAUGGAAGUUUGUUGUGGGUGACACGAAGAAUGAGACAUAUGAACGUAUUUUGCUUUUGUCAAGAAUGAAUAAAUGGCCAGCUUGGGGUGUGUUAUAUUUGGAAGUAGAGGAGCGAUGCCUGCCUUAGUGUCAUGGUCCUAGAGAGAAGAGAGGAGUCGUGAAUCUUAAAUUAGAUAUAAGUGUGCGUGUCACCUGCAACUUGUGAAAUGUAUUUUUCUUGAGACAACCGUGAUCCGAUGGGUUGAAUGAAACAAUAUCUCGUAAGUUGUAGGGCCUAUGAUUUUUGGUGCCAAAUCGGUUUUUGAGUACCGGCGAUAUUUCACUGAGGAUGAUAGACUCUCAUCAGAGUAGGAGGAUGUCAUACUCUUGGAGAGGUGCCAUAAAUUUUAAAUAGAUUCUGCGUUAGAGUUAGUAUUGGGAUAUAAGUACUUGUAUCACUUUUAACUUGUGAUAUAUAAGAUAAAAUCAUAAAAUUUAAUGAACCAAAGCAGAUAAUACUUCUAAGUCACUGUUGUAAGUUGGCGUGUAGAGUGAUUAUGACCGAUAUAAAGUAAAGCUGGUCCAAACUGUUUACUCCAAGGGUAGGUUGAAGUUGAAAUGGGUUAAUUGCGUUCAGAGCAGGUAGUUCGGAAUGUAGCCAUAGCCAGUGAGUCUUAGUGUUAGGCGUUGUUGCUCUAUCUAACUAGAUUCUAGAGCGAAACCUGCACGGCUACCCCCAAAAGUGGUUCCUUCAAAUUAACAUCGUUAACUUUGAGCACUAAAAUCUAGUUAGCUAUGAAACAAUAGUUAUAAACUCAACUCAAAUUUAUUUGGACAUAAUUGGUAAUCAUACUUCUCCAAUAUAAUUGGGUAGUACAAAUUUAUUUCCCUAAAUUAACUAUGAAUUUGACAACAUUUUCGAUGUAUAUCUUCAUUAAUAUAUCACAUGAGAAA